AUGGAUCCUGUAGAUCAACAGGGCAGCCAGCCCCACUGGGUCCCGACCGGUCCAGAGGAGCGGCAAGACACCCCACCCGGCCAUAUGAAAGACCCGUUGCAGGGCGUCCAUUGCGACACUUCGGCCGAACAAACUGACCAGAACGACGGACAUGGUUACAGCCCUGACAACGUUGCAGAACGUACAUUAUUACAGACUUUCUGCACUUCUUAUACAAACAUCGGCAAAACUAAGCAGAGUCAGGCAUGUACGCACGUUGACCGAGUUAUACAGAACCAAGCACUCUAUGCUGAUAAUUCACAGGUAGACGCAGGAGACCCCACGUCAACCGACAUCUACGAUACCAAAGGUCAUAACGCAAAUAACGUAGGACAAUACCAGCUGAGGGAUACCUUCGUUAAAGAAGCAUCAUCCACUGCCUAUCAAUGUGGUGGAGAGGUCGACGAUGCAAGUGUGGACAAUGGUAGAAAUACAGAAGCAGACGACUUCGACCAGUCUGUCAGCAAACAAUUGAAGGAUGCCGAAAGCCCCGAUGAGAAUAAGUCGGAGGAGGGUGUCACUGCAGACGAUAGUUCUAUCCGUCCGUAUGCAAUCGCGUAUCAACAGGAUGGAAAACCAAACGGUGAAGAGGACGAUAUCAUUGACAUCCAACCCUACGCCGUUGUUUAUGACGAACAACCACUGCCUGGCCAUUCUGUCGAUAAUUCUCAAAGCGCAUGUGGACAACCCAACACCAGUCCAGUAUCUGCAGAAUCUGCUGACGGCAAGAAGGACGGAUUACUGCCCAACCCCAUGUACAGCGGGAACGUGUUACACCAAAACCCCAUGUACGCCCCAAAUGUUGCACAGCCUAGGGCAGAUAGAGAUCAUAGAUGUGUAUGUCUGGCAUGUGCAAUCACUUUAGGCUUGGUCGUGGUGACACUGGUUCUGGCCGCGAUCUUCAAGCCAAGGAAGGAAGACAGUAACACGCAAACGACAUGGACAAACCCCACCAUAACAAAUAUAAGGUCAGAUGGCGUAACCCAGAACAUGGACUACACGUUACUCCCAGAAAUAAAAGAGAAAGAAAAUAAAGAGCUCAAGCAAACGACGAUCGUCUUCGGACGAAACGGUGAAGAAUCGGCCGAGUGUUUCGGACUGAACUCUGUCGCCGUGUCGCCUGGCAACGAAAUAUUCAUAGCUGACACCUACAACAGGCAGGUUCAAGUCUUCAGCAUGAAGGGCAUCUCCCUCCGCCAAUUCCCCACCGUUAUCUCGGGGGAAAACUCCGAGACGUUUGAACCCGAUGACAUCUCCAUCGACGGGGAGGGCCAUGUGUGGGUUCUCGGGGGUACAGAAUAUACGUCAGGGUUUAUUGUUCGGUAUACAAAAAUGGGAAGUUACCUAACAACACUCCGCGCAACGUUCAGCAAUAAUUCCUUCUAUGCCAUGACGGUGGACACACUUCGUAAUCUUGUCGUAGCGACAGAGCACUGGUGGGAUUAUGGGGAAGUCAAGCUUCUGCAUUUCAAUGGUACUGUAGAGCGCAGGUUUCAGGUGCAGCAGGUCUUGGGGGACCUCCCUGGGGUGGUCGCUGUGGGACGGGAGGGAAACCUGUUUGUGGCCGACAGUUACGCAGAUGCACGCGUGCACGUCUAUAACAACACGGGUCAGUACCUUUUCAGUUUGGGGGAUGACAACAUUGGUGAGGGUCAGACAGAAAUCGACGAAGUCAUGGGAAUCUGUACAGACGGUUCAGGAAACGUUCUGCUGGUCCGGUCAGGCGGGGCGGUAGACAUAUUUACAGAAGACGGGCGGUACGUGCGCCGCGUUGUUACCAGUAGAGCUGGCGGCGUGGCAGUAGCCCCCGGUGGACAGCUGGUAGUGACUGAUGUUCACAGCAGUAACGUCACAAUACUCUCUCACUACUUGGAGGAUCCAUAG